AUGUCACCAGUUGAAAACGCAUUGGCUGGCUCAUUAGCUUCAGUUUUUGCUGCAUUUGUGUUAUGUCCCACCGAAUUAAUUAAAUGCAAGCUUCAAGCUCAGCGUGAAGUCAACCCGGAUGUUCAUAGUUCUUCUUUCUCUGUUUUUCGUGAUUUAUAUCGCGACCGUGGCUUUUGCGCUUUUUUUGUUGGUCUUGGUCCCACGUUAAUGCGAGAAAUGCCCGGAUACUUUUUUUUUUUUGGCGCUUAUGAAAUUUCGAGAUAUUACUUCACAUCUCCUGGUAUGAAGAAGGAUGACAUUGGAUUACUACGAACAGCGGUUUCCGGCGCUAUCGGCGGAAUGGCUCUUUGGACUUCAAUAUUUCCUGCAGAUGUCAUAAAAUCACGAAUGCAAGUUUCGGGUGGGGGUAAUUUUCAAUCGACCUUCAUGGAUAUUAUUAAAAAUAAUGGUUUUAGAGGUCUUUAUAAAGGAUUAGCAGCGACAUUAUUGCGAACAUGUUUAGCGAGUGGCUGCUUAUUCAUUGCCUAUGAGGAAUCAAAAAAACUGCUGAGGGAUUUAUUCUAA